AUGGAUGAUGGUGAGCUCCGUCCUCGAAGGAGUGCCAAGCCACAGAACGACCCAACCCCUCAUCAACAAGAUGCCGUUAUAACAGGUUCACGUUUCAAUCCGAUUCAUGAUGCAACCGAAGAUGACUUUGAUGUUCCUACGCAGCCUGAAGCUCUCCUCCCGGCACCUAAAGUAACAAGAUCUGGAGCAAGCUCCUCUCUGUCUAAAAAGUCAUCUAAGGGCAAAGCUCCUUCAACACAGCUCGCUAAGAUCAGCGCUGGGAAGAACCCUUCUGUGGCUCACAAACCUCUCUCUAUCUUAUCCGGUCCCUCUGUGCAGUAUCGAGGUAGUACUUCCCCGUCACGAAAAUCUGCUUUGAGCUCCAUUGGUUCCCACGCAGUGGUCCAGUCUCGUGCUGCUCCUAAUAUAGACCGCUCACCUACGUUUUUGCUUUGCUCUGAGAAACUAUCAAUGGCUUCUAUCUCACCAGCUCCUCUGUUGAAAGACGAGCUCGACAUCGUGAUUCCCACCAUUCGAAACUUGGAUUUCUUGGAGAUGUGGAGACCCUUUUUCCAGCCUUACCAUCUCAUCAUAGUCCAAGACGGCGAUCCUUCGAAGACCAUCAAAGUCCCCCAAGGAUUCGAUUACGAGCUUUACAACAGGAACGAUAUCAACAGGAUUUUGGGUCCUAAAGCUUCCUGUAUCUCGUUCAAGGACUCUGCUUGUAGGUGCUUUGGAUACAUGGUUUCCAAGAAGAAGUACAUCUAUACAAUAGACGAUGAUUGUUUCGUUGCUAAAGAUCCAUCUGGAAAUGACAUUAAUGCAUUGGAGCAGCACAUAAACAACCUUUUGAGUCCCUCGACUCCAUUUUUCUUUAACACACUCUACGAUCCGUACCGAGCUGGAGCCGAUUUCGUUCGUGGGUAUCCGUUCAGUCUCCGGGAGGGUGUUCCGACCGCUGUGUCUCACGGUCUCUGGCUCAACAUCCCGGAUUAUGAUGCUCCGACUCAGCUGGUCAAGCCUCUUGAGAGGAACACCAGGUACGUCGAUGCCGUAAUGUCAAUACCGAAGGGAACUCUCUUUCCCAUGUGUGGUAUGAACCUCGCAUUCAACCGUGAAUUGAUCGGCUCGGCAAUGUACUUUGGACUCAUGGGUGAUGGUCAGCCUAUCGGCCGAUACGACGACAUGUGGGCCGGAUGGUGCACUAAGGUUAUUUGCGAUCACCUCGGAUGGGGAGUGAAGACCGGAUUGCCGUACAUUUGGCACAGCAAAGCGAGCAACCCGUUCGUGAAUCUUAAGAAAGAGUACAAAGGGAUUUACUGGCAAGAAGAGUUGAUCCCUUUCUUCCAAUCGGUUAACCUCCCGAAGGAUUGCACCAGCGUUCAGAAAUGCUACACUGAACUCGCCAAGCAGGUGAAGGAGAAGCUCGGCAAGGUCGACGACUACUUCAACAAGCUUGCAGAUGCUAUGGUGACAUGGAUCGAAGCAUGGGAUGAACUGAACCCAUCAGGUGCAUCAAAAUCUGCUGCGUUGCCUAAUGAUGCUUCCAAGUAAACUUGCUUCCAUCAGAAAGCUAGCGUGUUUCGUUUAGCUGCCGUCCGCUCGUAUCGCGACGCCGAUCAUACAUUUUUGUCCGAGCUCUUGCAUUAAAGCUUGGAAUGAUUACUUUACAGGUUGCUUU